GUAAAUUUUUAAAUUUCUUGAUUACAUUUUCCCAUUGUGAAUAAAAAAUUGUUAGAAGCAUUCACAAUGAUACUGACAAAGCAAAAUUUCAUUUGGUACACCGAGAGAUGACGCUGCAAUCACGUUGAUUCGCGCUACAAAAUGCUACCGGAAGUGUCAAACAAUUUAAGUGUAAGAUUUCAUUACCAUUCAUUAUAUUGAUUAAUGAUAAUUUUAAAAAUAAAAAAUACUACGAAUGUGUGAUAAAUUAAGUAGCUGAAAGAUGUAGGCUGAAAUUGUUAACGUAAGUGGGCUUAGCCAGAAUUUGAUGUUCGUUGGUGGUAGCAGCUAAAAAUGGGGGCACUUCGUGGGAUGAAUUAUGACAAAAGAAUGUGACCACUCGAAUUGCUUAGUCAAAACACAAACGCUAUGAAGCGCAAACGGAGCAUACGCAUACCUUGGGCUGAUGACACGUCGCCACAGAUGAAUUAUCACCGUUAUAAUAACAAACACAAACAUUUUAGCGAUAAUCUAGUCUACGUACUGCGCUAUAGAUUGCUCUUAUGGCUGAGCUUGGCCGCAGUCUUAACGAUGAGUGUACAGGCCGAAGGUUGUCCACCUUCGGAGGCGAUAUUACCGUGUCGUUGCUCGCUACGCGGUAAGGAGAUACAAAUAUGGUGUUCACACAGCAAUUUGCCGCAAAUAAUGGACGGAAUCAAGGCAGUUGAACGCAAUAUUAAAACUCCUAUCGAUGAAUUGGUGCUGGAGAACAAUCAGCUGCCCGCAUUACCCGGUCGCUUCUUUGGCGCAUUGCAAAUAGUUCGACUAAUGUUACGCUACAACAGCAUUGAGCGCGUCUCUAACGGUUGGUUGAAUGAGAUGGAGAAUCAUUUGGUGGAAGUGUACAUUGUGGAACCACAACUGCGUAGCAUACCUGUGGAGAGUCUAAAUGGUAUGAUCAAUAUGAUUGCAAUUACUAUACAGUCUGACGAGCUGAAACAUUUGCCUGACUUUUCGGGACUGCUCAGUCUUACCUAUUUGAGCGUGCAGAGCGAAUCGAUAACAGAGUUACAACCGCAUUGGUUCCGUCAUCUGCCAAAGGUGCAAAAUGUGCAUAUUAAUGGUGGACCCAAUCUAAUACGUCUCGAGUCGGGCACAUUCGAUAGUUUAAUCUCGCUGAAAAAUAUUGAUUUGAGCCGCAAUGCGCUCAAUUGGGUACACCUACGCGCGCUGAGCCGUUUGCCGAACUUGGUUAGCUUGAAGUUGUCCUACAACGAAAUAAGCGAUGUUGGCAUGGUGGGUAGAAUUGUCAAGGAUUUGGACAAUUUAAAGAAACUACGUCUAGAUCACAAUAUCAUUAACAUCGUGGAAGACGGCUCGUUCGUUGAUCUACCACAUCUCAGUGAGUUGCAUUUGAACGACAAUCGAAUAACGGAAAUUGAGUAUGGUGCCUUCCUUCACACACCUAUGCUAAAGACAAUAUAUCUGCACAACAACCACAUACGCCGCAUACAUCCUGAGUCAUUUCUGCAAGCUUCUGGCAGCGGUGUCGAGACUGUUUACGCGUACAACAACGAAAUCGAACACGUCAGCGAGCUGCGCUCUCUGCUGGACGCCUUGCCUUCCUUAAAAUUUCUCGAUAUGAGCAACAACUACCUUACCGACGUACCCUUUGGUGCACUGCGCGGUCACGGCACACUAGAACAACUACAUUUAAACAACAAUCUUUUACGCACAAUCGAACGCGAUGCUUUGAUGGCAAUGCCGGCGUUACGGGAACUGCGCAUGCGCAAUAACAGUUUGUCCAGUGAAUUGCCAAUGCCCUUUUGGAACUUGCCUGGUCUGAAGGGUUUGGAUUUGGCAGCAAAUAAUUUCCGUACGAUCGAUUCAUAUCUCUUGGCAGGUCUACCGUCGUUACGGCGGCUUGAUGUAAGCGAGAACGGCUUGCUGAAGUUAGAUCCCACCACCUUCAUACACAAUCCCAUGUUGGAGACCUUAAAUAUCUCUUACAAUGAAUUGGUUAAGAUACAUCCGGCAACUUUUCGCAAUUUAAAUCGUCUUUUUGAGGUGGAUGCAAGCUACAACCUACUCACCGACAUCAUACCCGGUUUACCGAAAAUUGUCGAGCGCAUUUCCAUGCGCGGCAACGCCAUCACAACGCUGCCCUUCUCCAUUGGCAAGUCCUUAAGUCUGCCGAACUUACGUAUGCUCGAUCUAAGCGUCAACCGCUUGGAACAGCUACCAAAGUAUGGCUUCCAAGGUAUGCCACAAUUGCGUGUACUCAGCUUGGCUAAUAAUCGCCUGCGCUCGUUGGACGACACCGCUUUUAUCGGAGCUACCCGUCUAGAGCUCUUACAUCUACAGGAUAAUGGCUUAACACACAUUGACGAACGAACUCUGCUGCCCCUUGCCGAGCUGCGAAAUUUCAACUUACAAGGCAAUAAGCUGGAGAGCAUCACCGAUAAUUUAUUUUCGAAUAAUUCACGUCUAGAGCAGCUAGAUUUGUCACGCAACAUGAUACGUACUAUAGCGCCAUCAGCCUUUGAAUCGCAGCGCUCGUUGGAGUAUCUUGAUUUGUCGAGCAACGCACUAUCCGACAUCUCUGUAAGUCUAUCUAAUUUGGUCAACUUGCACGAUAUAGACUUGAGUUAUAACCAAAUAACGCGCGUGCAAGCCGAUGUGGUGUCUUCAUGGCGUAAUGUCGUGGAAAUACGUUUAGCGAAUAAUCUUAUUGUUGAGCUGAAACACGGCACCUUCCGCAAUUUGCCGAAACUGCAGUAUCUCGAUUUGUCUAGCAAUGAAAUUAGCACGGUGGAGCCGGGCGCCUUAAAACACCUGCCAGAUCUGCAGGAGUUCGUUUUAGCUGACAACAAAUUGGUGGAACUGAAGGAUCAUGUUUUUGAAGAUCUGCCCAACUUGCUGGCCUCACAUUUCCAAUACAAUACCUUGCGCUACAUAUCGCCAGAUAGUUUCUUCAACUCGCCGUCCAUGGUCUUUCUGAAUUUGUCAAACAAUAAUUUCCACAACAUGGAAAACAUAGGACUACGUGCAAUGCGUAAUUUGGAGGUACUGGAUUUGUCUACGAAUGGCGUACGCAUGGUCAAUACGAUGCCGCUGAAGUCCUUGAACUGGCUGGUUGAGCUGAAGAUGGAUAACAAUCAGAUAUGCAAGAUUCAAGGUGGUCCAUUUGAAACUAUGCCGCGUCUGCGCGUGCUCUCGAUGCGUAACAAUCGACUGCGCACCAUUAAAGAACGCACUUUUCGCAAUUUGCGCGGCAAUAUCGCUAUACUGGAUGUGGAUGGAAACCCCAUAAAUUGUUCCUGCGAAAUGCAGUGGCUCUCUGUGUGGCUACAGGAGACCAAUUUCCCAUACCCUGGACCGAAAUGUCAAGAUGGCCGGCUGCUACGUACUUCGCGUAUAGAUCGCAGUCUCUGCAGCAAUUUUGAUGACACCAACCAACGCGCUGGUACAGCGACGGACAAUAGUUUUAGCAGUGAUAAUGCCAAUCACCUGCCGCUUUUAAACGAACAUGGGGAUGUUUUCCAACGUGACUUGCAGGAGGAGUUCAAUGAAGAGUGCGAAGUGUAUGACAUGCCACCCGGCGAGCGUCCUCUUGCGGGCGAAAGUGAAUACUUUUACGAUCAAUAUGUCGAUUAUACACCGUCGAAUGAGACGAGCUCGUUUGUUAGCACAGACGCGCCAAGUGUUAAUGCAAAUGCCGCAAGUAAUUCAGUAUUGAGUACACAGAAGAAGCCGCCUAUUAGUGCUAACAUUGAUCUGAACAACACCAUAUUGAACACAAAUUACUUCAAGAGACAUCCACAACCGGCGGGCACGCAGGCCACAUCGCCUUUCACAUUCUUUGGUUAUCCUAUACCAUCACUCAGCUUGGGUCGCUUUUUUGGUGCCGGCCAGCGUGGACGUAAAGAUCGUGGCGAGAAUACUAGCACUCCAGCGGCCAGACAAACCUUUUCGAGCUCGACCGAAAGUGGGUUGGGGACCAUGCCAGCAACACAUCGCAUGCAUACGCCGCAUGGCAAGGUCCGCAUGUACCAACCGAAUAGCGCCGAGUUUGAGAAGUAUCUGAAUCAGCCCGAUUCGCAGUAUCACGAUGUGUCCUCCAGAAAUAAACAUACUACUACAAUAGCAACCAGCGCUGAUUCCAGCUCCGAUGAGACGACAAGUAGCGACUCGCCUAGCAGUGUCUUCAAGACAGCCUUUCGUGAACCGACCAGCGUGGAGCGUGGCGGCUUUCGCCCAAUAAUGCCAGCGCAUGUGGGCGGUUUUAUGCCAGUGCAUGAUCCAUCGAAACGACGUGGCGUUGUGGAACCGAUACCAACACCAACGAAAUAUGCGACGAAGCAUACGGAGCGUAAUUAUAUACCUUUGGUUCCAGUGCAUUCAGAUAAUAACCAAGAAAAAACCAAUCGGCAACCGAAUUUAAGAGACUCAACAGGGCCAUCACCAACAGUAGCGCUAACAACAGCCGAGUCAGCCAGCGAAGAGUUUGAGUCUCAGACAUAUUAUGUCACUGAAAAUCCCACUGAGUUGACGACGGACGCGCCACAUAUAACACCGCCAUACACGCCAGCGACUACACCGACUACGUUCAGCUCGGUUGGCAUGCAGAAGCGGCGUACAACCACAACGCCGAGCAGUUCGCACAGUUUAUCACCUGCUGUUGCAACCGUAGCCACCACACCGACACCUUUUCACACUACAACUACCGACGCUCCUGCGAGCUUCACAGCGGCGACGUCCACAUCGCGCCCCACUACGGUAACGCAAGCGUCUACUUAUAAUGCAGAUGAGAGUGACGCCUUCGACAGCGCUCAGUUCUAUGACGACUUGGAAGCACAGUCAGUGGUAAUGCUAAAACCGCCGCCACUCUUACAGACGACCACAGCCGAGACGAUAUUGCUGAUACCACCACCAGAGGAGCAUGUUGAGCAGAUUAAGCGCAACUCUUGGAUAUUGAAAUCACCUACUACUACAACGGAGAUUACCCCAAAUAAGGGUAAUAACGAUCCAAGCGAUGGCGGCAGAGCUAGUCUCGCAAGCGCCGAGCCAGCGACGACACCUUUCACCCCUACCAAUUUAUCUCCGCGGCAACCGCGUCCAUCUGGUGGUCGAUCCAUUAUCACAAAAGUGGAAACGCCGCAAGCAAAUAUAAAUCAAUACCUACCGACAGCGGAGGAGUAUCAUCGCACAACGCCACAUAAUGCCAAUGGUUAUGUGGGCGCUAGCGCCUCGGGAGAUCACCAAGCUCUUCAGCAGCAGCAACAACAACAACUAUUAGCAAAUGCUCAUAAACGCGACUUUAACGCGCUUGAGGCGAUAGACGCCGAGACGGUAGAUACCGCGGCGACUGCUUAUCAGCAAGUAGAACAAGCGAAUCGCAAAGAGGGCAUGGAUUGGUACUAUGAGAGUUUUAAGAAACCGCGUCCGGUGACAGCGGCGGGUGGUAGUUUGCGUAGCAGUGCAAAUUUCGUAGGGAGUGGUGUUGCUGAAGGGUGGAAGGUGUCACCUUGCAGGAACAGGCGGUUGGCGUACAGUUUUAUGUUUCUUCUUGGGUUGCAUGCAAUUUUCUCAUGAAAUUUUUUUAGUUUUUACUUAAUACAAAUGAUUUAAAAGUAGUUAGAUUCAUUCUUAA